CGGCGCGGGGGCUGCCGGGAAAGGCGGUGCUGCCCGGAGCGGAGGGGCCUGCGGGUCCGGCUCCGAACGAUGGACCCGAGCUUGUUGAGGGAGCGAGAGCUGUUCAAAAAACGUGCCCUCUCCACCCCCGCGGUAGAGAAACGUCCAGCGCCAUCUUCUGACUCCUCCUCUUCCAAGAAGAAGAAAGCAAAGGUAGAACAAAGUGGCUCCUCCAGCUCCAAACAAAGCACAGAUCACAGCAAUGGAUCAUUUAACUUGAAGGCCCUUUCAGGAGGCUCUGGCUACAAAUUUGGAGUCCUUGCUAAAAUAGUGAAUUAUAUGAAGACCCGGCACCAGCGUGGAGAUACUCAUGCAUUAACCCUGGAUGAAAUUUUGGAUGAAACACAGCAUUUAGAUAUUGGACUCAAGCAGAAACAAUGGUUAAUGAGCGAGGCUCUGGUCAACAACCCGAAGAUAGAAGUUGUAGAUGGGAAGUAUGCUUUCAAACCCAAGUACAACUUGAAAGAUAAAAAGGCUCUGCUCAGGCUCCUGGACAAGCAUGACCAGCGAGGGCUGGGAGGAAUCCUCUUAGAAGAUAUUGAGGAAGGGCUGCCCAAUGCACAGAAAGCUAUAAAGGCUUUAGGGGACCAGAUCAUCUUUGUGAAUCGCCCAGAUAAGAAGAAAAUUCUUUUCUACAAUGACAAGAGCUGUCAGUUUUCUGUGGAUGAAGAAUUUCAGAAGCUGUGGAGGAGCAUCCCCGUGGAUUCUAUGGAUGAGGAGAAGAUUGAAGAGUAUCUGAAACGCCAGGGCAUUUCUUCCAUGCAAGAAACUGGACCAAAGAGAAUAGCUCCUAUUCAGAGGAGGAAGAAACCAGCUUCUCAGAAGAAACGCCGGUUUAAGACUCACAAUGACCACUUGGCUGGAGUAUUGAAAGAUUACUCUGAUGUUGUUCCUGGCAAGCAGUGACCAGUUGCAUUCUGGAGCAAACGGGCCUUUUCAGAUGGGCUUUUUGCCACUUGGUGUCUGCUCCCAGAGAGACUGACUGUAUAUAGUAAUGUGAUGUGUCUCCCCAGCCACUGCCAAGAUGGAACAGGUUGGUUUAAGAGUGGGUAGGAACGACUACAUUUAGUUUCAUUUCAUUAGCCAAUGGGAAAUGUGUCUGAGAGGUUCUCACUAGUGGCCUCUUGGCCUAGGGUGAUCAAUGGUGCUCAGCGCGUAACGCGGGAGUUCCCGUUCCGUGCUGAACUCUGCUUUUACACUGCUCCAGGGCUGUUUGCCUGGAGUGAUGUACAAGGGGCUUUCUAGAAGAACUGAACACAGCAUUUGUUGUAUCUCUUUUGGGAAAACCUUGUCUGCAGGUUUCUUUCACAGCCAAGCCCACCUCGUGGGCUGUCUGAAUGCCUCUUCCUUGCUGUGGGGCCGAGCUUUGCUGACAGUCAGUGAUAUCUGAGGCUCCAACUCAGAAACAAACCCCUCUCCCCAGCUCCCAGCAGGCUGCAGGGUGGCAAUGCAGCUGUAGCUUCCUGAUGCUAGUCAGAAAUUGCCCUCAGCAGUGGCUCCACUGCAGUGGAUUGCAUGUGUGUUGCACAGUUCCACUCUACGGACAGGAGGGAAAUAAAUGACAGUGUAAUACUGGCAAUACUGAAGCCUUUUUUUUGUUGUUUUUUUAAGCAAUAAACUUACAAUGCUGGUUUCCAGUGUUGCCUCCUUAAAGAAUGAGAGAAUCAA